AGGAGAAGGCACUAAACUUCAUUCAGAGGAGGCUGAGGGAACGAGAGAAGCUUGGCUGGAGCUCACGUGUUGCGGCCUUCUCCUCUAGCCCUGCGGACGCAAACAGGAGAUUAUCAUACGCUUGUAAGCACACAGAUCUGACAGCUGACCUCAUCAUGUCCAGCUGGGUCUCCGGUUUCUUCACCUAUGAGACGACCAAGUCCGUGGUGGUCAAGAGCUGGUCGGUGGGAAUCAUCAACCGUGUAGCUCAGCUCCUGAUUAUCAUUUACUUUGUUGGCUGGGUGUUUAUCCAUGAGAAGGCAUAUCAGGUCAAUGACACCGGGAUGGAGACUGCAGUCAUGACUAAAGUAAAGGGCUUCGGCUUCUACAACAACAGUCUGAUGGACGUAGCAGACUAUGUGAUGCCCAAGCAGGGUUCCGCAGUGUUCUGCAUCAUCACCAGAAUGGUCGUAACACCCAAUCAGAGGCAGAUGAAGUGUCCCGAGGCUGACAAGAAAUUUAAUUGCAGCACUGAUGUUGACUGUAAAAAACACAUGUCCUCAAACUUGGCAAGUGGGAAGAUAACGGGGAAUUGUAUCACUGAGGCUAAACAGUGUGAGAUUAUAGGCUGGUGUCCAGCAGAGAACGACAGCGUGUAUUCAAAACCUAUGGAGCAGGUCGAGGACUUCACAAUCUUUAUAAAGAACAGCAUUCGCUUCCCUCGCUUUAAUGUCACAAGGGGGAAUGUCCCUGAAAACAUGUCACUGAGUUGUACCUAUGAUCCCGUUAAUAACUUAGACUGUCCCAUCUUCCGAGUGUCCGAUGUGCUAAGGUACGCCGGAGAGAAUUUCACAAAGAUCUCAGACGACGGAGGAGAGAUUGGAAUUAAUAUAGCCUGGAUAUGCAAUCUGGACCUGCAUGUGAACAACUGUAAACCCAACUACACAUUCACACGGUUGGACUCUGCAUUUAAAGGCAGUUCAGCCACAAAAGGAUACAACUUCAGGUUUGCAAAAUACUUUAAGUCGGCAGAUGGAGAAGACUACCGCACACUUCAUAAAGCUUUCGCUAUACGCUUUGACAUAAUUGUAUCCGGCAACGCUGGAAAAUUUCACUUAAUUCCAACAGUAAUUAAUGUAGUUGCAGCUUGCACCUCAGUCGGCCUGGCAACGGUUCUCUGUGACAUCAUCCUGUUAAACUUCCUGAAAGGAGCUAAACAAUACAAGGCGAAGAAGUUUGAAGAGGUUUCAGGUACUGCCAGCAGGUCUCCAAGUUUCGACCUCCAUCAUGGCAGCCAGAUGACGAUAAAACGGGAAGAGAAGAGCUCAGAUGAUUCAGGGGCGUAUUCCAUUGGACAUCAUGUGUGAGAGACGGGGCGUCCAGGCUGGAAGGAGGAGCAAGGCCUGAAAAGUGAGAUUCAGUUCCUCGACACCACAGAGGAUAUCAGGAUUAUAGCUAUCACCAAUUUCCUCUCAACGUAUGAGUAAUUUCAGUACGAGUAAGAAUUAAUGGCAAAUGAGGUCAGGAAACAAAGCCAUAUUUUCAGCGUUCUGAAACUGGUAUGACGCUAAAAUUAUUACUCAGAUAACAAGGAGGAAGACGUAAGCACAUGUACUUUUACCUUCUAGUGCUUUCCACGGGCUCUUUCCACUUCUUUCAUAACAAAUCACAAAAAAAUGACCCAGGCUGCUUCUUUAUUUAUAACACAUCAGCCUUAUACUACUAUUACAUAUAGUAGGAUCUCUCAUCUCACUGUAUUAUAGCAUAAAGUUUAUUUCUUUUCUCACUAACAUAUCACAAUGCAAAAUUACUGCAUGUUGUACUGCACUGUGGUAUAUUUGGUAUAUUUACACAUCCAGUCAUGUUGAUAUUUAAACCUUUAGGUUUUAUU